UUUCAGUAUUUGGUGGAGAAAAUCACUUAAAAGAGUAACCCGUUUAAUAUUCAAGAAGCAAAGGAGAAUGCCAUUGUUUGAAAGAAUUUCACUUAAAUGUUUAGUAUUCUCUACCAUUUGGGUUAAUAUGGGUUGGGUCGGGUAACCCGUUUAAUAAACGGGUCGGAUUGCAUUGACCCAUUUAUUAAACGGGUCAGUCGGGUCGGGUCACACUUAUACGGCUCCGGUCAAAUUUUAUACGGGUCGGGUCGGGUCAGGUCGACCCGUUUGCCACCCCUGCUCGCACCCGCAGAGAGAGGGAGAGGGGGGUUGAGAGAGGUAGAAGAGAGACCUAGCUUCGUGCAAAAAAGGAAAAAGCAAAAAAUCGAGAGGAGAAGAAGGAAGAUGGUGGUACGGAUUAGGCUGUCGAGAUUCGGGUGCAAGAACAAGCCCUUCUACAGGGUCAUGGCGGCCGACAGCAGAUCUCCGAGGGACGGCAAGCAUCUCGAAGUCCUCGGCUACUACAAUCCCCUCCCUGGUCAGGAUGGUGGAAAGCGAAUGGGGCUGAAUUUUGAUAGGGUGAAGUAUUGGCUAUCCGUUGGUGCACAACCAUCAGAUCCGGCCCAACGCAUCCUCUUCAGGGCUGGCCUCCUGCCUCCCCCUCCCAUGCUUGCUAUGGCCCACAAAGGUGGGCCCCGUGAUACCCGAACCAUUGAUCCUAUGACUGGCCGUUGCUUGAAGCCAGAGAGCGAUGAAGCUGAUGAGCAACCGAAUGAGAAAGAUGAGGAACAGGGUGAAGAUGCUGCUGAGAGCUGAAUCGUUCAAGGAGGAACGAUCGUCUUUAAGACCCAUUAACAUCAUAUGCUGCUGAGGGUACAUUUUAAGUGUGUUGAGAUGUGUUUCAUUAUGGAGUUUGGUCUUGAAAAUCUCAGUUUUGAUGUGAUUUAUGAAGUUAAAAAGCUGGUCAGCUCUCAGUAUUUUGAGCUUCUGCCCCUACUUUGAGAUGUUCCAUAUUCUGAAGAGCAGCUUCUUGCAAGCUGACUGUUACAAUUAGUAAUCCGAUACAAUCAAUAAUGUAGUAGGACGAUAUGCCUUGAACUUUCAUCUUAUUAAUGAACCAGAUUUUAGUACGUGCA